AUGGCGCAGCGGGGGCGGCCCCAGUCCCACGCAGGUCCCCAGGGCCGGUGCCCGCUCAGCCGCCCGCUCCCGUCCCCAGGUGCCCUGGACGACUUCGAGAGGGCCAGACCCGCCGCCCCGUCGCCGCCCGCCCGCGGGGACAGCGGUGACAAGUCCCCCGGGGACGCGGCCAAGGAAUCGCUCUUCGCCUCCCAGGAGAAGUUUUUCCAGGACUUGUUCGACAGCGAGUUGGCCUCGCAGGCCACGGCGGAGUUCGAGAAGGCCAUGAAGGAGCUGGCCGAGGAGGAGCCGCACCUGGUGGAGCAGUUCCAGAAGCUGUCGGAGGCGGCGGGACGCGUGGGCAGCGACAGCGCGUCCCAGCAGGAGUUCACGUCGUGCCUCAAGGAGACGCUCAGCGGCCUGGCCAGGAACGCCGACGAGCUGCAGAGCUCCGGCGUGUCCGAGGAGGAGCUGGCCAAGGCCAUCGAGGGGCUGGGCCUGGAGGAGGGCGACGGCGAGGGCAGCAUCGUGCCGCUCAUGCAGAACAUCAUGCAGAACCUGCUCUCCAAGGAGGUGCUCUACCCGUCGCUCAAGGAGAUCACGGAGAAGUACCCCGAGUGGCUGCAGCUGCACCGCGGCCGCCUGUCCCCGGAGCAGUACGACAAGUACCGCGAGCAGCACAGCGUCAUGGGCAAGAUCUGCGAGCAGUUCGAGGCCGAGCGGCCCACGGACGGCGAGGCGGAGCACAGGGCCCGCUUCGAGGCGGUGCUGGACCUCAUGCAGCAGCUGCAGGACCUGGGGCAUCCUCCCAAGGAGCUGGCGGGGGAGUCGCCACCCGGCCUCAACGUGGACCUGGAGGGCCUGAGCCUGCCGGACGCGGCCACCGCGGCGGGCGAGCAGUGUCGCCUCAUGUGAGGCGCCAUCCCCGGAGCUCGUUAACCGCUAAUUAGCGCCCGAGCAGGGCGAGUGGCCCCGGCCCCGCGUGGCCCAUGACUGCAGGUGGCUCCGGUGACAGCGGCGGCGUCCCCGUCACC